AUGACUGCUCUGGGGUGCCCCUCCCCCCCUCUUCUGCCUCCCCCCCCACCUCCCCCCGCCCCCCCUGCCGCUCCCCCCCUCGUCUUUGGCCUGGAGAAGAGCCGCCUCCUGCAGGAAGCCCUGGCCCGCGCGGGCCCGGGGCCGGGGGCCCGGGAGGACGUCAAGCGGCUCUUGAAGCUCCGCAAGGACUGUUUCAGGAGCGAUCUGAAGUGGCUUCUCUUCUGUUCAGACGUGCCCUCCCUCAUCCAAGAAGGGCCUCAGUGCGGGCUGGUGGCACUGUGGAUGGCGGGUUCACUGCUGGCCCUCCCGGAGGACGUCCCCUUGGAAAGGAUUGUGGCCGUGGCUCUGGAGAGAGGGUACACGGCUCAAGGAGAGAUGUUCUCAGCGGCUGACAUGGCCAGGCUGGCCGAGGAGGUCUUUGGGUGCCGUGUACAGCUGCUCUCUGGGGGCCUGGCUGAGCCCAAUCGAUGCCACGUCCUCCAGCACCUCAUCGCAGGCUGGCCCCUGCUGGUGCCCUACGAUGAGGACUACAACCAUGAGCCCUGUAAGAAGAGGGGGCACAAGGCCCACUGGGCAGUGGGUGCAGGUGUCUUGCUAGGGGUUCCUGGUCCCACACUGAGCCCAGAGUACGAGGAGGACUCAGAGCUGAAGGGCCUGUUCUACCCAGCAUCCGGCAAGCCCCCUCGCCUCCCCGAAGACCCUCCUGAGGCCCUCUACCUCCUCUCAAAGCAGGGCAAGAGUUGGCAUUAUCAGCUCUGGGAUUACGGACAGCUUUGUGAGAGCAAUCUACAGCUGACGGACCUGGCCCCGGUCAGGACCACAGACGGCAAGGUCUACGUGGUGCCUCCUGGAGGGGUACACGCGGGUCUCUGCGGCCAAAGCCUGCUUCUCCGACCCUAGCUUUCAGGCCUCCCCACCCUGGGCUGUAGCCUGCCUGGGGGCCAGGGGCCUCAGCUGCAAUGCAGCUUGCUGUGUGUUCAUCUGUGGGAUGUUGGGGUCCUCAACUUCUCCAUCCAUCACCUGUCCUGCUUCCUCCACAGAGGUGACGGGAGGCCCAAAUGAGGGGCCCAGAGCUGCGGCGGGGGAAUGAGGAACACGGGACAUGGAGACCAGAGGCCUGGGUCUUCAUCCUGGCAUCUCUGGGCUGUCAUUUGUCUCAGGGACUUAGCACGGUGUGGUGUGCUGUGGUAUGCUGUGGCAAUGGGAUCUAAGGUCUCAAAAAUGGCCAUGCCAAUGUGAGAAGGCCAUCUGGCUGGCCUUGUUCUUCACCUGCCCCUUCAGGCUUCCCUGGAGACCCCCUCAGAAAGAAACACCAGAACUCAAAUCUUGUGGAAAACAAGCUCUCCGGGCUUUA